AGUGUUUUGAAUAGGAAACGGCCUUCGAUUUGAAAAAGCGCACGAAACACGAAAAUAACACUCCAUCCACCAGUUUACGAGCUUAAUGGUCGGAACCUAAAGACUAACCUUAGAAUGUCUCAGAGCAGUAGACCCUCUCGGAGUAGAAGCUCCUAUUCGAGAGGUAACUCUGGAGACAGCACACUUUUAUCAAGCGACAACGAAUUCAACAACACAAGCGCCGAUGUUGACUCGAGUUCGACUCUCCUCACCUCAGCUUUAUCUACUACACACGGAGAAAGCGACAGCGAAAGCAAAGUCACAAAGCAGAUGAUCGAGCGUAAACAGCUCCUGCAUGACCUAGAAUUACUCAAAAUUGAGCUCAGUCAAAGGAAUUUAAUCAUAGAUAACAUGAAAGCAGAGCAUAUGAAUAAAGUCGAGGAGUUAGAAGAGCAAGUAUCUGAUCACAGACACGCUAAGCAGAUGAUUCAAGCCCGACUAGAAUCGCAGUUAAGAUUACAGCAAGAGGAUUCUAGGAAAAAACUCGAAAACAUGAGACAAGAGUUGAACUCUAUUAUGCGAAGACAGCAACAGCUAGAGACUGAUAAUGUAGGGUUACAAGAAAAAGCUGGGGACUUGAGGUCAAGCUUAGAAAAUCUUGAACUUCUUUCUGGCGAAAGAUAUUUGGAGCUGAAAUCCACUGUACCUGAACAACUCAAUUUGAAAGAUUUUGUCGCUGUAAAAAUAUAUGAAGCUUGCAACCCAUACAAGCUUGAGUGUGAAAGCCAACAACAACAAAUUGACUUGUUGUCUCGAGAACUUCAAAGCAAGAUUGAAGAGGCUGCUUGUUACCAGAAGGAAGCAGAGCAAGAACGUGUAUCUCGAUCAGAGUUAGAGUACCGGGCCCAAAGGCUUAACCUCCAAAUAGAUGACUUGAAGUCACGCCUCAACAAGGAUACUUACCAGACCUCCAAUUUUGAUAACAUCAGAGGGGAAAGAGAUUUACUAGAUAGGGAGGUGAUGGACCUCAAGAAGACUAAUACAGUUCUAGAAGCAAAUCUGAAAUCAAAAAUAGAUGAGCUUGGAGAGUAUCAGAAAGAGAUGCAAGCGACUAAGCAGUCCCUGGCUUUGCUGAAGCAAGACAAAGAGUAUCUAAACAAACAAGUGCAGGAGCUCAGCACUCGCAGUAGUCUAGCAGAGGAGCAGUUAGGACAAGUUACCAAACAGUUGAAUGAUGUGAAGCAGGCAAGAGAAGAAUUGUAUGAGAAGUACAUCAGUACUAGAGAACAGUACAAGUCCGAAUAUGAGGUGAAGCUGAAGGGAGAACUGGACCAGAUAAGUCUCAAGACACAAAAUGAGCUAGAGAAGAUCAGAAGCGACACUCGUGAUAUGUAUGAUCGCGAGAACAGAAAUUUGCGGGAGUCUCGGGACAAUGCAGAAGCUGAAAAGCAGCGAGCUGUCAACAGCGAGAAGGAAAUCACAGAGAGGCAUAACCAGCUUCUAGCAGAGUUCAGUCAGCUCCAAGUUACAUCAGACGGCCGACAGUCUGAGCUGCUGAAUGAAUUAAAGCUGAAGCAGUUUGAGGUUGACAGACUCCAACUGCUGCUAGACGACACCGCUAAGAAUUUGAAGCAGGCCCAGCUGGACUAUGAGAAGGCGGCCACCAAGAACGAGGUUCUCAGUAAGGAGUUCUAUGCGCUACAGAGGUCGUCAGACAAGCGCCUGACGGAGCUGGAAUCGCGUUGUACCGAGCAGACUACCAAGCUUGGCGUAUACGAGGGACUGGAGCGAGAGCUAGAUGACGUCAUUAUGCAGGCUGCCGAGAUUGAUAAUGAGGCUGAGGCUGAGCGAGUUCUCUUUGCGUAUGGAUAUGGCGCCAACGUCCCAAGCACGGCGAAGAGACGAAUGCAGCAGAGUGUCCAUCUUGCGCGUCGUGUGCUUCAACUUGAGCGCGCCAACACAUCCCUGAAAAACGAGCUUGACCGCGAGACCAAGAAACGUGAUCAUCUAGCUCAAGAGCUGGGCAAUGCAACGACACUUCUAAACGAGGCCCAACAGCCGUACAACUACCUGAUCGAGAGUAUUCGCACACGUGACCAACAGAAUCAGGGCUUAAAGGAGCAGAUCGCGAUGUUACAAGACGACCUCAAGAAGGUCAAACAGGGGCGGGACGAGUUGACGAAAACUAAAAAUGAAAUGGCGCAGGAUCUCGAGCGACUCUUGAACCAACGAGAGGAAAUGUCCGUGAUGAGACAAGUUGUCCUUGGAUUGCAACCAACGAAGCCAAAGGCUCCUGUUACUCGUACCUCAACCGCUGUCCACGCCCCGCAGGCUCGUGCACGCCAUACUGCGGUACUGGACACGAAUUAUACAGCUCCAAAGCCCACAAUAUUUACGCGGUCCGAACCACCAUCGUGGUACAGAAAGCUCAAGAGCAAGAGAUAGCAGAAGAUGGUAGGAGAUAGCAGGUGAUGUCAUCUGAACAAUUUGACCAUAUCUUGUCCAGAAUUGUAUUAUAUAUUUAUAGAAAAAUUAAUAAGAAUGUUCAAAUUGUUGAGUGCGGGAAUAAGCAAUGCUUUUUCGGAUUGUUUUCUCUUCUUAUAUAUGCAUAUUUAUUAGAUUCUAGUGAGAAUUGUAAUAUCAGGCUGGUAAAGGGGGGUAUGGAUCACGUUUCACGGACCGGGCAAAAUGGCGUUUCACGGACAGAAAAAUGACCUUUUAAAUCGUUAAAUCACGUUUCACGGACGUCGAAAUUGGACGAUUUCACGUUUCUCGUAGGGUGAAAAAUGGCCAAAUCUCGUUUCACGAAAAUACCCUUUCCACCCUAUAAUAUAACAAAAACGCUUUCUCUGCGUAUAGUUUUAGUUUUAACAGCACGUCACAUAUCGUGAUUUGUUCGGUGCACUUAUUAAUAGUCUAAACAAACAAAAAACAUUUUUUUCAAUGAAAUUCAAGAAAUUAGCGCGUUAGGGAAGGGAAGGGCCACAAUGGCAGAGUAUUUUCAUAUUUGUGAUAGAGUAUUUUCAUAUUGUUGAUUAAACACAUCAAAUAUUUACGCUAAUUUGCGUUCUGACGACUAAUGGGUUGAAUAACAAGAAGUGUAAAACGCUAAUUUGCUCACCCAAAAGGUGUGUCAUUCUCCCAUUAUGGAUUCAAACUUCUUGUGUCCUAGACUGAAUAAAAUAUCAUCUGCAACGAA